UAGAAAGAAAGAUAUUUGGUUGGUUUGUAAAAAUUGAAAUAAUCAAAAAAACAAAGAAAAGGAAAAAUCGUUAACACACACGUGUGGGGAACGCGGAAGAAACGCAAAGCCCUCUCCUUUUGCUUCUGGUCCUCUCGUCCCGUUUCGCCGCUCUCUAUAGGGGCAAGUGAGAGGUUACUGUCUCUUUCUUCUUUCAGACACUCGAGACGAGAAAGGCUCGUAUCUGAUUUUACCGCCACCGGACCAUCUGUGAUAGACAAUAAUGGGUUACAUAGGAGCUCAUGGUGUAGCAGCUCUUCAUAGGUACAAAUACAGUGGAGUGGAUCACUCUUAUCUUGCCAAAUACGUCCUCCAACCUUUUUGGACUCGAUUUGUCAAAGUCUUCCCUCUAUGGAUGCCACCAAACAUGAUAACGCUUAUGGGGUUUAUGUUUCUAGUCACUUCCUCCCUGCUAGGCUAUAUAUAUUCACCUCAGUUGGAUUCUCCUCCUCCACGAUGGGUUCACUUCGCACAUGGUUUACUUCUCUUCUUGUAUCAGACAUUUGAUGCGGUUGAUGGGAAGCAAGCAAGAAGGACAAAUUCCUCUAGCCCCCUAGGAGAGCUCUUCGAUCAUGGUUGUGACGCGCUUGCUUGUGCGUUUGAAGCCAUGGCAUUUGGAAGCACUGCAAUGUGUGGAAGAGAUACUUUCUGGUUCUGGGUUAUUUCAGCUAUUCCAUUUUAUGGAGCUACAUGGGAACACUAUUUCACCAACACACUUAUUCUUCCGGUUAUCAAUGGGCCUACAGAGGGGCUUGCACUUAUAUUUGUCAGCCACUUCUUCACAGCCAUCGUCGGUGCUGAAUGGUGGGCUCAGCAGUUAGGGCAGUCAAUACCAUUGUUUAGUUGGGUGCCAUUUGUGAAUGAGAUUCAAACUUCUAGAGCAGUGCUAUACAUGAUGAUCGCUUUUGCUGUUAUACCAACCGUUGCAUUCAAUGUAACAAAUGUCUACAAAGUCGUUCGAUCAAGAAACGGGAGCAUGGUGUUAGCGUUAGCUAUGCUGUAUCCCUUCGUUGUCUUACUUGGAGGAGUUUUGAUAUGGGAUUACUUGUCUCCAAUCAAUCUCAUAGCAACAUAUCCUCACUUAGUUGUACUCGGAACUGGACUUGCAUUUGGAUUUUUAGUGGGAAGAAUGAUUCUUGCUCACUUGUGUGAUGAGCCUAAAGGACUAAAAACAAACAUGUGCAUGUCACUACUCUAUCUUCCCUUUGCACUUGCAAAUGCGCUAACCGCAAGAUUGAAUGCUGGGGUUCCUCUAGUCGACGAAUUAUGGGUUCUUCUUGGCUACUGCAUAUUCACAGUGUCAUUAUACUUGCACUUUGCAACAUCAGUCAUCCAUGAGAUCACUGAGGCCCUUGGAAUCUACUGCUUUAGGAUCACGCGUAAAGAAGCUUGAAAAGAAACCUUUGACACUGCGAAUGGUCGAUAUGGACCAGUUGGAUCGGUGAUGUAUUUCUUCUUCUUAUUCAUUGUUGUCUGUUUGAUCAGGAUAGGUGAAGUUAUGUAGAACUUUGUAUAAUGUUCUUGUUUUUGGAUUUAUGCAUUGGGCAAAUACGAAAACUAUUCUUGAAAUGCUACGAAAAUGAUUUUAGAAGGAGCAUUUUUUUAACCUUAUCUUGUACCUCGAAAAUUGGCUGGCUGGAUUUGGUUUGCAAGCAUUUCAGGAAUUGGUUGACUUUUGACUUUUUGUAAUACGACUAUACCAAAGAGUUCUGUAUAUCAGUGUCUCGCAUUUUAAACCCUA